AUGCCCUUUUUCAGUCGAGUCUUCCGGAGCAAAGACUCCAACGCCGUCAAGAAGCAGGCCAAACCUGCCGCCGCCGAUCCGGUCCCCGCGAAGCCAAGAUGGAAUGACGCCUGGCAGCGCACAGAGGUCGGCCCCGAGGAGGUGCAAGACCUCAUCCGAGGCUGUUCGCAGGAAUUGAAGGCUCGAGCUCUCGAUACCCCAUUCCUCCUGCUGCCCUUCCGUCCGAGCUCCGACCCGAGCGCCGCCCGCACCUUCGUCCGUAACUACUUCAACCAGUCUUUCGAUAAGGGUGCCCCCGUCAGCGGAGAUGAGUUGAUGCAAGAGCUGCGGCUCACUGAGCCGAUGGUUCUCUGCGGUGUCAUAAAAUGGUGUUGGAGCAGAUUGCCCGGAGGUGUUGUUACGUGGGAGGCGUAUGAAUUGUUCAAAGUUGGCGAACAAGAUUCGGAUCUGGCCCGCGACGCGUUCUCGACCUUCAUCCCGAUUAGUGUCGACUCCGACGCCCGCACCAAGAUUAUUUUCGACUUCUUCGAUCUCUUGGCUGCCGUUGCUGCUCAUGGAAAGUCUAACGGUCUGGGAGGCCGCAAGCUUUCACGAUACGCCGGAUGGUGGGCCUUUGAGCAUGUCGACAGGGGCAACGGCUUUGAAGCCGCCUACAAGAACUGGGCUGCUGCCGCCGAUGCUACGAGUCACUUAUUCUUCGCCUACCUGCGUUCUCUGACGCCCGAUGUGCCCCGUGGUGUUACCGGUAUCUCGUCUCUGCCCAUUUCUCUCCAAUCCCUCGUGGAGGCCACUGAAUACCCCCCGGAAACCCCGACUCUCCUUCAAGUCACGACCACCAAAGUAGUCAUGAUUGUUGAUACCGUCUCUCCGACCCCCUUUUCGCUGCUGCGCCGGGCAAAGAACUUUGAAUAUCGUGAUGAACACUGGCACCUGCAGGAGUUCUCCAACUAUCAAGACCCCAUCCGCGCGCUCACUGACGAAUGUCUACGCGUUUUGAAGUGCAUUUCAUCCACGAAUGAGUCCGCUGUGUCGACCUCCAAGCACUCCACCAGCUUGCGGGAUGCCUCGUGGUCCCGUUUUGAGGACAUUGGAUUUGGUGGUGCAAUCGAUUCAGACCCAGAGGACGAGGAUAAUAGGCCACCCGUGGCCAGGAAUGAGCAUGUGAAUAGGAUCAAAACUGCUCCUCAAUCGCAGAUUGGAAAUCUGGGACGUCCCACAACUCCAUCAUGGGCGGACUUCAUGUCCUCGGGCUUCACGGAUGAAGGUAACCUUAAAGACCAUAUCGGUCCCGUGCUGCUGCCUCCGGACAAGGUUCUUCCGCCCAUUGCUGCCACCCGGGGCCAAAGCUCGCAGUCUCACAAACGUGGGCUUGACAAUGAGCCGUCCUUGGAGCCUGCCGAGUUAGCCAGCAUCAGCACUCUGGACCUGGACGACUCGUUCUGGUGGGUGUGGAUUACCAGUCUGUCUGGUGAUGAGCCUCUCGCUCGCAAGGCCGUCUUCGGUCGUGUCGCACUCCUUGAGACUGUCAUUCGGCAUACAAAAUGGCUGGUCCUUGAAGAGCAGAUCAAAGGUGCCGCCCCGGAACCGGAGGCUGGUGCACAAAUCGUGGAGAAGAAGAGCUUCUUCAGCUUUGGAACCCGCAAGGGAAAUAAGCUGAGCCGCAGCAAGUCGUCGGCCAAGAAAGUAUAUCCUAUUGAAGAGUCUUAUAAGCGGCCCAACAACCAGGCGCCACAAAGCAAGACCAGCAUUGGCCCUGAUCAGCAUAAGCGGAUCCAGGCUGCUGCUGCUGCUCUUCAGAAGAAACAUCGCGAGCAGGAAGCCGAAGCUAAGGAUGCGGGGACAAAUGGCCGUAGGGACGCUUAUUCAACCAAGACCAACUCGGUCAUGACGCUCCAACCUGGUAUUGUUAACGAGGCCUCCUCAGCCAUGAAGUGGGCAAGCAACUACGACAAGAAUGCUUACCGGACCGCCUACCUGAGCAAUAGCCGCGCGGGCAUUGGUGCUGCAAAUGACGAUGGUGAUGAUAAUGAGAAGCCCGCUGAGUCUGUCCCUAAGCCGUCAGCAGAGAAGCCGUCAGCAGAGAAACCGGCAGCAGAGAAGCCUGCUAUCCCAUCAGCUCCCCUACCACCCAGCACUUCCAAGAGCGGACCUCCGCCACCGCCCAAGGACAUUCCCACGGCAACUCCACUGCCGCCCUCGCCUGAACAGGCGAAGAAGAAGCCCGUGGAGAAGGCCGUACCCGAGAAUGACAAGGAGACCAAGAGCCAGGCUAUGGUGAUCGAGCAAACACCUGAGGUCAUGCCUCAGACGGCCGAUGACCCCAAGAAGCUGAAGAAGAAGCCCGGCAACACUGGAUUCAAGAACAUGUUUGGAACGAAGAAGAAAGGAGAGCAGCCCCCGAUGAAGAGCACCGGUGCCAAGGACUCUUCCGCGGUGGCUGCCGCGCGCGCCGCCCUGGAGGCCAAGGCCAAAGAAUCUCAGGAGGCCUCGUCGCCCAAGGCCGCUCCGCUGAAGAAGAAGCCUGUUCCGGAGAAGCCUGCGGCCCCUACCUCUCCCCCCGCCCCCGCUCCAGUCCCAGACCCAGUCCGCGAACCCGAAGUUGAGAAACCUGCCACCCCUCAGCAGCCCGCGGAACCUGUGAUGGAAGAGCCGGCUCCGAUGACUGGUUCUCCCGAACUUCGCGGUCCUCCUCAGACCCGUCGCGGUGUCGAGUACGAUGCUCUGUCCCGCGUCGACACCAAUGAGCGCAACGCGGCCGACCAGGAGUUCUCCAAGUUCGACCAAGGCCCUCUGGUCGAACAACCUGCUUUCGUUCCUGGUGAGGAGGAGCCUUUGACGCCUGCUAUUCCCGCUGCUGCUGAGGUCGAGGCCCCCGAGACCCCGACCAACGGCCAUGAGGAGAAGCCCGAUACUAUCAGCCAAAAGGCUCUUGCCACCGAGGAGGAUCGGUGGGCUCAGAUCCGUAAGAAUGCUGCUGAGCGUACAGCUGCCACAAGCGAGGAGCCCGAGACUCGCACUAGCCAGUCUGAGCGGACGGACGAGGGAGAUACCAGCGGCGAAGAGACCAUCGAGUCACGCGUCGCCCGCAUCAAGGCCCGAGUCGCCGAGCUGACCGGCAACAUGGAAGGAAACUAA